AUGGUUUCAUAUCAAUAUUUAAGGUUAUUUAUUUUGUCUUCUGCUGUUCUUUCCAUUCAUGCCACAAGACACGAGUUGGAAGUGGAAAAUGCUGCGGAUGGGGGUGUAAAGGUGUUGGAUCCUGCAGACGUCGAUUUGGGGAUAGGGGGAACUGAGGGAAGUGCACAGUAUGGAAAAUUAUUAGUACAGGGAGAAGGAAAAUCAAUAAAAGGGAAGCCAACAGAAGGGGCAGUACCCGUGGAAGGAGAAGUUGCUAUGUAUAUGGAAGGAACUCCUGUAGGAAUGAAACAGGGUGAACAGGAAUAUGACGAGGAUCUUGGGAGCUGCUUCUCCUUUAUGCUGUUCAAUGCAAGGCACUGUGCUAAAUCCUUUGGUGAUAUAUUCCGUGAAAUGAAGCAAGGAGUAAAAAAAGAUCAUACUGAAGAGGGAACGGAGCAACCGACGGAACAACGGGGAAUCCAGGAGGAAAGUGGUGCUACCGGACACGGAGCUCAGGUGUCAACAAGAAAGAAUGGAGCAAACGUAGAUGUGCCAAUAGGUACAGAGGCUAAAUUAGCAAUUACAGGUUCUGUGAACUAUGAUAAAUUAUUUCAACUCAUUGUAGAUGGAGAUUGGACACAUGAGCAUAUUAAGCAAUAUGAAGAUGUAUUCAGACAAAACAACAAGGACACAGGAACAAGGACGCCAUUAGAACAAGAAUCACCACAGGAACCACAGGUACCUGUAGGAGUUCCAAAGGAAGAAAUAAAGAAAAACGGAAAAGAAGAAAUAUAUCCUAAGGAAGUAAAGGAAGAGGAGGAGGAAGAGGAAGUACAUCCUGAGGAGGAAGCUGUUGAAGUAGUAGGAGAGGAAGAAGAGCCAGUGGAGGAAAAAAUGGUACAAGAAGAAGUAAAAGAAGAAGUAAAGGAAAAAGUUGAAAGGGAAGGAAUUCCUGAAGAAUUGGAAGAAUAUUUAAGAUUGUGGAAGCUCCAGAUGCAAGGAAAAAAUCUCCUGAGAAAGAAGCAUUUGUUGAAAAGGAAUUUUCUACUGAAUUAG